CCACCCGAAUUCUAUUCGAGUAAGUCGGUUUAUUGGCAGCGGUUGGCUUUUGCAUGGGGAUCAGCGGAUAAAUGCUUAAAGCGUUGCCGUGUCAGAUUCCUAAAGCGCGUCUUGCCAAUCUCUGGCACAGGCGCAAAGAAUUCAAAUCUGGGUGAAAGAGGAUAUACCGCCUGAUGUAUUUUAUAAAUGAGAAACAAUUAAUAAUAUAUAAUCUGAAAAUACUACCCAUGGGACAUAUCAUAUUGUGCUCCCUUACAUGCCGUUUCCACGUUUCCAACGUGUCCCAGCCUUUUGAGAUAUCAAAGUCGCUAAGGAGCACCUGCCCCUGUCAACAACCUCAUCCCCUUUCAACCAUCGUCAGCCGCCCUCUCUCACUGUUUUGCACCCCUCUGCUAUCCACCAAACGACACUAUUCAGACCUCCAUUGACGUUGAUUCUUGAGAGGACAGGUUGCUGUAUAGGCUCUGUAACCUUCCACGACAACUGAGGUCGAAUUUAGCGCCACAACAGUCUCUACCAUCGAAUCUUCGAACUUGGACCCUGGGUUUCAGUGGGCCCCUUGAUAGAAGCUCCAGUUGUUUUGCAACCUUCAACACGAUCAUUCAGCCAGUUUUGAGCGCAUAUUCUCCUUUACCGAUACGCAAGGUCUUUUAGAACCUACAAUUUCGAUCGCCCGAACAAUUUACCUUCCCCACAUCUCUUUUCGACUACAAACACAGCCACAACCUUACCUUUGCGUCAACAACGGCACGGCCACCUGCAUCCUUGUGGUGAAACAAACCGAACCUAAAACCCCUUUGGAGCGUAUAUCUCCCGAAUCUUUAUAAAGAGAGAGAAAGAUCACGCUCAAUGGCUGCGGUAUCCGCACCGCAAGCCACAGGCGCCCUGACACCUCCUACGAGCUCUGAUGGGAAUGCGAGCGCGUGGGAUUACUCCGUACCAUCUAGAAACCAGCAAUCUACAUUUCCCCGCCAGCAACACGACGAGACCUCUCACGCAGAGCGAAAGCAAAUGACUUCCCACCCCAACGGCUCUACGCGCCGUAAUGAUGCAGCAAAGCAAUCCAGAUCAAAUUCAGCAGCUGAGCCAGCCCACGCGCCCCCACGGUUGAACAACAUCAACAAAAAAGGCAGCAUGAGUGGAACAGACAGCCCGUCUGACAGUUUAGUCGACCUCUAUAGCUCUGGACCAGCAAAGAGUGCAGCCAACGGCGUGGACCCUAAUGAGCGGGGACGAGAAGGAAUGGGUGUAGCUUCAUAUCACGAAGACGACCCUGGUUGGAUUCACAGGGACAAACUGGCACGGAUCGAGAGCCGCGAACUACAGGCAGCUGGGAUCAUACUCCCCCGCACGCGGGCAUAUAGCAGGAGGGACAGGAGUCGAGACACGUCGGCCACUGGUCUGCACAGAAACGAGCAACACCCGGCAAAGCAGCAGCGUGUCGAGAGCCCAACCGCCGAAGAGCUAGAAGAUGAUGACACUGCGGGAUGGGAUCCGCGAACGCCAGAAGAAAUCGCAGCGGAUGGCAUCUCCAGCUAUCGCGACUACGGAUCUCUCUCGAAAGGCUCCUCCAAGAUACCCCUCGCCCUGACGAGCCCCGCGCCAAUACCCUGGGAGUACCUCGAGCGCGACGCACCUAUGCAACGCAGCCGUAGCGCCGUAUGGGGCGGCGAAGAGGACUCCAUCGCCUACCCCCCACCCCGUGCGAAAGCUUCCUCCGAGGAACCCCUCUUCCAACCCACCCCGACCACCACCCCGUCCGCGCCAAAACGCUUCGCCUCCACCGAUAGCUCCCCCAAGAAGUCCGCCAACGCGACACCUACAAGCCGCAAGAUGUCUGCCAAUAGCGUGACCUCCAAGCCUCCGAUCACACAACAAAACCAGAAACCAAAGGGACGCUCCGGCUCCAACAGUCGCCCGACGACCCGUUCCGGCGAAAUCAAGACCCCCGAGGGCGAUCCGCCGUGGCUUGCAUCAAUGUACAAGCCUGACCCACGCCUGCCACCAGACCAGCAGCUCCUCCCCACCGUCGCGCGACGCCUGCAGCAGGAGCAGUGGGAGAAGGAGGGCAAGUUCGGGAACGUAUACGACCGCGACUUUCGCCCGCUCAACGACGACGAGAUCAAGAUGCCCGAACCAGCAGCUAUCGCACCAGAGGAGCAACCCGAGGCGAAACAGGACGAGCUGGUCCCGCAGUGGCCGCUGAGAAAGGCCAGGAGCCCCGAGCCGAGUCGCCCGGGUACGUCAAGCGGUUAUUCCACCAUGCCACGCAUCCAGAACGCGCCCAGCAAGAUACAAUCCCCGAUGCUGGCACAGUUCCCCGUGCACGGGUUCGAGCCGGAGGUGGUGCCCGAGAAGAAGAAGGGCUGCGGAUGCUGCGUCGUGAUGUGAUUUCUUAAUCCGCUGAUACCGACGUUACUUACUGUACAAGCCGUUUUUUCUCAAGCGGCACCAUAUUGGGCUGGGAUAUCUCCUGCCCUGGACUCGCCUCAUAUACCUCGCAUUACUUCAACAGCAUGUCUGCCCAGCGACUUUUGGCAGCCCUUUUACUGCGCUUCUUUUUAUAUAUUACACGACGACUCAUGACACACACUUGAUUACUGGUUUAUUUUUCCUUUUCCACAACCUGUUUGUUUUGUUUCCCCUCCCCUGAUUCCCGCCCGCAGGGCAAGCGGCAGUUCAUUUGUUUUCCACGUGUCUAUCCUCGGCUCGGCGUUCUUGUGCGUGUUUGUGCGGCGUUCUGAUUGCUCUUUAUUCUUGAUAUUACUGGGGAGCAGAGCGGAGCGCUGUUGGGCUUUUGGUGCCGUGAUGGUGGUGCUUGGUGUGUUUUGUUUUCAGUUGGUGAGGAGGAUUAGGAAGGAGGGAGGAGGAGGCAGGGGAUAUGAGAGGGGAUGGAAGGGCAAGGGGGAAGAUGUGGAGUAGGAGUAGGUGGUUGUAUACAUAUACUGUGUAGCUAGAUUGGGUGAUUGAGGAGACGAAGGAAGGAGGAGGAAGAAAUUUCAAACAAUGAUUGACAAAG